UCUUCACAGGAUUUCAGUUUGUUGCAGUUAAUUGCAAGGUUUUAGAGAUGGAAGUUUCAGGGGGUUAAUCAGUUGUAAAAAUUCCAUGGCCUUGACUGAUAUUGGGGCAAUGUGUGGGGGAGAGAACAGCUCUUACAACUCAAAAGUCGAUUUCGCUGUCUACCAAUUGAUAGGAAGAAACUACUGCAAGAGUAGCAGCUCUGGAAUGGCAUUUGAACCGGAUCGCACCAAACCCAGAAAAUCAUCAGCGCCUGCCGUUCAAAUUGUCCAUUCUGAAACAUCUUUCAAGCCUUGGUCCCGUAAAUUUCCCAUUGGCGACGGUUACCACGAAUAUCUCUGAUUGACUGUAUUUUCCCAUUGCUCUAUGAUCUUGUCUCUUGUUUUUCAAUUGCCGGAUUGGUAGAUUUGCUGUGGUGUGGGGAAUUUACGCUGUUCUCCCAGUUCGUGGAGCGGCCCCACUUAGCAAAUGCCUGUUCUUGUGAGUUGCAAGAGCCAAUUCGCCGACUUGGAAAUGUGUUUCUCCACCACAACCCCAAAAAACCCUCAAACUCGUUCGAGAAUCACCACCCAAUUGACCCCUCCGAAUUCUCACUGCCCCAUUUUGCCCGGUUUGCCUGAUGAUGUUGCCAUGUACUGUCUCGCCCUUGUCCCCCGCUGUAAUUUCCCCAGCAUGGGGGCUGUCUGCAAGCGAUGGAAUUCAUUCAUCCAAAGCAAGGAAUUCACCACUGUAAGGAAUGAAGCUGGGAAGCUCGAGGAGAAGCUAUAUGUGUUGACUGGUGAUGCAGAAGGAAAUGGAAGCCAUUGGGAGGCUUUGGGUUGUGUUGAAAACGAACGCCAGCUGCUUCCACCAAUGCCAGGCCCGAUGAAGGCUGCAUUCGGAGUUGUUGUCCUCGAUGGGAAGCUUUUGGUUAUGGGCGGCUACUUGGCGGACUCAAAUUCUAGAUGUGUUUCAGCAGAUGUUUAUCAAUAUGAUUCUCGGCUCAACAGAUGGAGCACGCUAGCAAAGAUGAAUGUCGCCCGCUACGACUUUGGUUGUGCAGAGGUUGAUGGUGUGGUCUAUGCAGUCGGGGGCUAUGGUGCAGACGGCCAGAGCCUUUCAUGUGCUGAGGUCUAUGAUCCAGACAAGAACAAGUGGACCUUGAUUGAGAGCCUCCGACGCCCAAGGUGGGGCUGCUUCGCCUGUGGAUUCGAGGGCAAGCUUUACGUAAUGGGUGGGCGGUCGAGCUUCACAAUCGGCAACUCAAGGUUUGUUGACGUGUACAGCCCCGAGCAGCACGCAUGGUGCGAGAUGAAGAAUGGGUGCGUGAUGGUCACAGCACACGCAGUGCUGGGGAAGAAGCUUUUCUGCAUGGAGUGGAAGAACCAACGGAAGCUGGCCAUAUUCAAUCCCGUCGACAACUCAUGGAAGAUGGUCCCUGUACCACUGACAGGGAGCUCGAGGAUAGGAUUCCGCUUCGGGAUUCUGGAUGGGAAGCUGCUCCUUUUCUCCGCUGAGGAGGAACCAGGGUACCGCACGUUGUUGUAUGAUCCGGAUGCGGCCCAGGGUUCAGAAUGGCAGACGUCGACGAUGAAGCCAUCUGGGGUAUGCCUAUGCAGCGUGACCAUCAAAGCAUGAUCAGCUGCUGUUGCUGUCUGUCAUCUUGAAGGUAAGACUUAUUGUUGUGUUUGUUGUAAGUUCUCUUCUGAAUAUGAAAACUGUAAUCUCAUUUAUUCGCUUAAAUUGAGAUAUAUGUAAUAUCAUAAUUAUAAGAUUUUCAGCUGCGGGUUGUUUUUA